AUGUCUGCCCAGACCACCGACACGCCCGUCGCGGCGCCUGCCCCUGCUGUUGCUGCUGAGGCCCAGCCGGCCGCCGCUGCACCUGCCACAGAGUCGACUUCGGUCGACGCUCCCGCGCCCGCCGCCGUUGCUGCUGCCACCCCUGAGGUCAAGCAGGAGCAGAAGACUGAGCAGCCCGCUGCAGCUGCUGCUGAGAAGACGGAGGACAAGGCUGAUGAGAAGGCCGCCGCUCCUGCUGCCGAGAAGCCCGUUGAGAAGGCCCAGACUCCCCUGUCUUCGCUCUUUGAGAAGCUUCCCGCCAUCUUGGCUGAGGCCAAGCACAACGAGAUGUGGGGUGUGCAGCUCUCCGACGACACUCACGUUCCCACCACCGUCGUCCUCCAGAAGUUCCUUCGCGCCAACGACGACGAUGUCUCCAAGGCUGCUGACCAGCUCCAGAAGGCUUUGAUUUGGCGUCGUGACACUAACCCCGGCAAGCUUCUUGACGAGGUCUCCUUCGAUGCAAAGAAGUUUGGUGAUCUCGGCUAUGUCACCACUCACAAGGACGCCCAGGGCAAGGAGAUGAUCAUCACCUGGAACAUCUACGGAGCCGUCAAGGACAAGAAGGCCACUUUUGGCAACGUCGAUGAGUUCAUCAAGUGGCGCGCUGCCCUUAUGGAGCUCAGCGUCCGCAAGCUUAACCUCGAUAAGGUCCAGACCGCCAUCCCUGAUGGCGGCGAGGACCCCUACCAGAUGAUCCAGGUUCACGACUACCUCAACGUCAGCUUCCUCCGCAUGGACCCCGCCGUCAAGGCCGCCUCCUCUGAGACGAUUAGAGUCUUUGCCAUGGCCUACCCUGAGCUUCUCGUCCACAAGUACUUCGUCAACAUCCCCGCGCUCAUGGGCUGGGUCUUCAAGGCGAUGAAGGUCUUCCUCGCUCCCAAGACCAUCGCCAAGUUCCACCCUCUCGGCUAUGGUUCCGAGUUGGGCGGAGAGCUCCCGGCCUACAAGGACUCGUUGCCCAAGGACUACGGUGGAAACGCUGAGGGCAUCAAGACCACCGGCCAGACCGUCAAGUUCGCAGAGGCUGAGGCCCCUGUCGAGAAGCCCGCGGCUGAUGCUACUCCUGUUCCCGUCGUUGCCGCGCCUGCUGCGACUGAGACCCAGCCUACCGCCGAGGCUCCCGCGGUCGCUGUCAGCGAGCCCGGCGUCGCUUCUGAGCCCGUCAAGGCUGCUCCUGCGGCCGCCGAGGCUGAGAAGACUGAGGUUCCCACCGUCGCCGACUUGAGCAUCAAUGACAAGACCGAGGCCAAGGAGGAGGCCAAGACUGUUGCUGCCUAA